GCGGGGCCAGGCCGUGUAGUUCCGAGCCCCCGACUCGCUGCAGCCUGGGCAGGUUGCACUGCGCCGUGACCCGGCUGCCAGGGCGGCUCAGGGGUCUGAUGGCGGCGGCGGCCGAGCGCAUGGACGAGCUGGUGCGGGAGUAUCUGCUGUUCCGCGGCUUCACCGGCGCCUUGAAGCAACUGGAUGCGGAGAUCAAGGCUGAUAGGGAGAAGGGCUUCCGGGUGGAUAAAAUAGUGGAACAACUGCAGCAGUUUAUUCAGAGUUAUGAUCUGUCUGCCCUUCGGGAUUACUGGAAUUAUCUCGACCGGCGCCUUUUCAGUCGUUUGGAGGAUGUAUACCGGCCUACAGUGAACAAGCUGAAAACCAGUUUAUUCCGCUACUACCUCGUCUACACUGUUCAGACAAACCGUAACGACAAGACACAGGAGUUCUUUCUCAAGCAGGCCUCAGAACUCCAGAACCAAGUGGAGUGGAAGGAUUGGUUUGUUUUGCCCUUCCUCCCCACCCCAGAUUCAAACCCUGCCUUUGCUACAUAUUUCUCACGACAGUGGGCAGACACAUUCAUCGUAUCUCUGCACAACUUUCUUAGCGUCUUAUUUCAGUGCAUGCCUGUCCCAGUAAUCUUGAACUUUGAUGCCGAAUGUCAGAGGAGCGCUCUCGUACAAGAAGAAAAUGAUAUUUUGCGUCAAAAGCUCUUUGCCUUGCAGGCUGAGACCUACCGAAUGAAGAAAGAGGAGCUGCAGCAGCAGCAGCAGGAGGAGGAGGAGUCAGUUGUUCACCACAGACUGCCUGCUUAUGUGUCCAACAUGGAUCGAUUGGGAGACUCUGAGCUUGAUAUGACACGCAGCCAGAGGAGCACCGCACACUCCCUUCAAUCUCGAGGGGGCUUCCUAUCCUCUCUGCUCUCUCAGGGUAAGAAGGGCCCUUCUAGAUCAGCUCUGACAACUGGACUCUCCCCAACGCAGGCUGGUGGGAUAUUGUUAGGGAAGAAAGAACCAUCAAACCAUCAGAGCACCAAAGGAAAGGAGGUGGCAGCAGGCUGCAAGGAUGUAAAGAGUCACUUCCCUGGGCAGCCAGCAAGUGAGUCUAGCUCAGUACCACAGCGUCAGAGGCGUCUGCAGGAUCAUGGGAAGGAAAGAAAGGAGCUUUUAUCAAAAGUAACUUCCCAGGGGCAGAAUGUGGAGAAAAAGACUGAGACUGGUGCUAUGGAGGCAGAAACCUCACCUGAGCUGCAUACUGAGCAAUCAGAAACCCUCACCAAAGCUUCCGCAUUCAGCACAGAGGCUGGAGGUGUCAGACAGGAGCAGCCGUUCAUUGUUCUGAGCCAGGAAGAAUAUGGAGAGCACCACUCCUCCAUCAUGCACUGCAGGGUGGAUUGCUCUGGGCGGAGGGUGGCCAGCUUGGACGUAGACGGGGUCAUCAAGGUGUGGUCUUUUAAUCCCAUGAUGCAGACCAAAGCUUCGUCUAUUUCCAAAUCUCCUCUGCUCUCUUUAGAAUGGGCAACCAAACGGGACAGGCUGCUGUUGCUGGGCAGUGGGGUUGGGACCGUUCGUCUCUAUGACACCGAAGCAAAGAAGAAUCUCUGUGAAAUUAACAUCGAUGAAGACAUGCCCAGGAUCCUCUCACUUGCGUGCAGCCCAAGUGGUGCCUCCUUUGUCUGUUCCGCUGCAGCACCAAGUCUGAUCACCCAGCUGGACCUCGCAGCCACUGAUACUGGAGGGAGAGGCAUGAACCAAGUUCCAGGGAAGCUGCUUCUGUGGGACACUAAAACCAUGAAGCAGCAGCUCCAGUUUUCUCUUGAACCAGAGCCCAUUGCCACAAACUGCACAGCCUUUAACCACAAUGGCAACCUGUUGGUCACUGGAGCAGCAGAUGGAAUAAUUCGUCUCUUUGAUAUGCAGCAGCAUGAGUGUGCUCUGAGCUGGACGGCGCAUGAUGGGGAGGUCUACUCUGUCGAAUUCAGCUAUGAUGAAAACACAGUUUACAGCAUAGGAGAAGAUGGGAAGUUUAUUCAGUGGAAUAUUCACAAAAGUGGCUCAAAAGUGUCUGAGUACGUCCUUCCCAUGGAUGCCACGGGCCCCUUCGUGCUCUCAGGGUACAGUGGAUAUAAGCAAGUCCAGGUCCCGCGAGGAAGGCUCUUUGCUUUUGACUCAGAGGGAAACUACAUGCUGACCUGUUCCUCCACUGGGGGCAUCAUCUACAAGCUGAACAGUGACGAGAAGAUCCUGGAGAGCUGCCUCUCCCUGGGAGGACACAGAGCCCCAGUGGUCACCGUGGACUGGUGCACAGCCAUGGAUUGUGGAACUUGCCUCACUGCCUCAAUGGAUGGGAAGAUCAAACUAACAACCUUACUUGCUCAGAAACCUUAAACUGAGCAGCACUGAUAGGAAAGAACCAGAUGUAUUAUGAAAUCCAGUGUUAACCAUAGGGGAACAAACUACAUGGAAGAGAAGAAGGUGAAUUACCUGGACCAAAACUUUUUUACAGACAGCAAACCACUGCAGAUAGGAACCUGCAGCUACGGGAACAACGGCUGCACUGAAGAACUGACACUCUUAAGAUGACCUGUUUUGGCAGCUGCAGAGCCUCAAGCACCACUUGGCUUUAAGUGGUUGGGGUAGGGCAGGUGGUGGUUACAUGCAAAUGUAAGCUGAAUGCUGAAUUGCAUUUUAACACAAUGGCUCCAGCUGAAAAUACCUGCGUGAAACUCACAGUAUUCUGUAUGUAAUCUUUUUUUCUUAAAAUAAACUGUUCCCUUGCAUUUAA